ACUUCAGUCAAGUGACACUCCAACAAUAUGGCCGCUUUAAAAUUAUUCUUCUUGACAAUUUUAACCUACGUUUACGUGUCAAACGGUAGUACGAUCACCAAACCGAUAGAACUGACAGGACCUGAACGAGAAGCUGCUGUAGAACGUUUAUAUACUGGUCUGCAUAAAGUUGUUCUUGCAGGAGGUCCAGUAUACAAAGUGUUGAGAGUUAAUAAGGUGACUAAUCAUAAAAUGAGUAGCUAUCCUCCAGUAGAUUUUCAUUUAUCUGUGGAUACCUACGAUGUUGAUCUGGUUGUUGGAAGAGUUAUCAAGAAGUGUAUAGUCGAAAUCCGAAACCAAAUCCAAUUUUAUCCGCCCACGAAGGUCCGUACUUGGAUUUCGAUAGUGUGUAAUGGGAAACCGGAAUAUAGUAUGAACUAUUGAGCAGUCGUCGAAUGAAUUGAACUAUUGAACUAAUAUAUUUUUCCAUUUUGUGGUAUAUACGUUUUAAACUGCAAAAAAGGGUUUGGGUUAUUAUUUUCAAAACUUUACUACAGCCAUUUGUAUUUGCAAGAUUAAUAAUAAAAUUAGAUUCAGAAAAAGUGAAAAA